UUACUGCAAAUGCUCCUACUUAAAUCCAAAACCCUAAUUGAAAAAUCAAAACCCCCAAAUUACUGCAUAAUCAACUACCAAAGAAACCAGAGAAAUUACCAUUCAAUUCGCGCAGUAAUGGCGAAUGCUCUGCCGUCCAACCUUCUCGACGAGUCACUCGGCGGCUCAUCCGGCGGCGGAAGGAUGAUUCUGGUGGAGGACUGCGUGGAGACCAGCGGAGCUUUCGUGGUGCACCACUUGCUCAAGCGAGCUCUCAACUCUCACUCUUCCGACGCAGUCGUGUUUCUCUCCUUCUCUCACCCUCUCUCUCACUACGAUCGCGUUCUCCGAAAAAUGGGCUGCAAUCUCAGUGUUCAAAGAGAUAAUAAGAGAUUGCUGUUCUUGGACAUGCUUGCAUUGGAUCAUCUAGAUAGGAAUCGGGGAAAGACUAGCGAGGAUAUACUCAUUGCCUUGUAUGGAGAAAUUCAGAAAGCAGUAGAGAUUUCUCGAUCACACGAAGCCAGACAUCACAUUACUGUAGUGAUAGAUGAUGUCUCUCUUAUGGAAGUGGAUGCCAAUGGCUCAUCUGACCUUGUUCUUGAUUUUCUGCGCUACUGCUGCAGUUUAACAGCUCAGUUUGGUUGUUCGCUUAUUGCUCUUAAUCACGGAGAUGUUUAUUCGACUGUGGAUCAACCUAACCUUCUUUUACAAUUGGAGUACUUGGCGGAUAUAGUGAUAAAGAUCGAACCUUUGGCUACUGGUUUGGCGAAAGAUGUUCAUGGACAGUUGACUGUUACAAACAGAAAUCUUCGAGUUGACUCUGGCAAAUCAAGAAGCAGGAUUCAUAAUUUCCAGUUCAGGAUAAAGGAUAACAGUGUCGAAUAUUUCUAUCCCGGGAGUAAGACUUGAAAUCGACAAACGAGCUUCAAGAAUUGAGUUUUGUUGCGGAUGUUGAAGUCAAGAAUCGAUCUUUGUUGUGAUACUGAAGUCUAUUUUCUCCUUUGACAAGCUCCAUAUGAUGAGACCUCAUUGUUUGUUGCCCGUCUAAUGGGUCAAGAUCUGUUAAACUACAGCCAUAUUUUCAUAUAGUAUUUACUCUA